AUGGGUGAGAAGACACCAUCCCCUACCCACAAAAACCCAGUAAACCCACAACCUCAAUUCAAAGCUAGUUUACAAGAAGAACAAGAGACAAAAAUUGGUAUGAAAACAUCACUCCCUAAUGAAGAGAUUACAAUACCUACCCAGAAAUUCCCGGUAAACCACCAACCUCGAUGGAAGCUGUGAAGCUGUUAAGCUGAAAGGUGUCCAGCUACCUACAUUCUCUGGUGAAGAUAAGACCAAGUUUGAACCAUGGUAUGCCGCUUUUGCUUUGGUAGUAGAUGAAACUGAUAUCCCUGUAAAAGAGAAAAUGCUAAGACUUCAAGGAUGUUUAAAUGGAAAAGCCCUGGAGACGGUGAGAGAUUUUGGUUUCUCAAACAAUGCCUAUGAACGAGCAAAGGAAAAACUGAAAAGGAAAUAUGGUGGUAAGCGAAGACAAGCCCUUACCCAUCUAACAACACUCAGAGGGCUGCCAAAGGUGCGUCGACAUAACCUUGCGGACAUGGAAGAGUUAUUAGCAGUUCUAGACAGAAUUCUCAUUUCCCUUCAAGAUGGUGAUCCAGACGGAGAGAUGAAGGAAAAACUCCCAGAAGAAGACAUUAGAGCAAACAAGUAUUGGUUGUAUGAACAUGAGGAAGAUGACAGCUUUGAAAAGUUAGUGCAAUGGAUUGAGACAAGAGGACAAAUCAUGGACGAGGCACUAGAAGAGACAGGCGAGUUUAACAAGAGAAGACAAGACAAGAGAUUUAACCGAGGCUUCAACACAAUGGGUAGUCGUAGAAAGUGUAUAGUGGACAAGUGCUCCAUAGAUCAUCCAUCAUGGGUGUCUUCAAAGUUCAAGGAACUUUCUGUGACCCAACGCAAAGAACUUAUAGCCAAAACUGGUAGAUGUUUCCGAUAUUUAGCUGCAGGUCACCGGAGUAAAAACUGCCCUAGAAGUAAAAAAUGUGGCAUUGACGGUUGUGAGAGUAGUGGACACAGCAACUUCUUGCAUGACUCUAAUCAAUACACAAUUGGUAAAGGGGUAAAAGCAUCACAGAAACCUAAUGGGGAACUAGCAGACAAAGAAUCACCUGCAGCUGAAGACAAAACCAAUGAGAACAGUACUAAGACUUAUGCCGCAAAUCAAGUUGAGAAUAUCUCACUGAUGGUUUUACCAGAUGAUGUUAUGAAUGGAACGAUAAAAUUAAGAGUUAAUGUCAUGCUUGACCCUUGUUCAACGGGAUCAUACAUUACAGAGAAUGCAGCCGAAGAAUUGCAACUUGAAGGCCGAAUGAAGAAUUUAACUAUCUCGGGAACUGCUGGAACAGAAGUAAAGAAAUUGUCACAAAGAGUCGAACUGUCAAUAGCUAGUGUGAGCGGUGAUUUUUGUGCACCACUGGAAGCUAAUGUUCUUGAGGACAUAACAGGUAACACUCCAGCUACUAAAUGGAAUGAAAUAAAGAAUCAAUGGCCACAUCUGAAGCAUAUCCCAUUCCAAAAUGUUGCCAAACGACCGCAAAUCGACUUAUUAAUCGGUAGCGACCAUUAAUAUCUCCAAGUUCGGAGAGAAGUUCAAGGGACUCAGACUAAUGAUCCUGUUGCUAGACAGACAAACCUUGGUUGGGUUUGUUUUGGUCCGACCGUUGUCUCAAACCGGCCGUACAAGUCGCGUUGCCAUCAUUCAACUCGUACAUAUCGAAGUUCCAAUGAUGAUGUGAAAGAAACGAAUGACUUGUUACGAAAGUUUUGGGAACUUGGAGCUAUAGGAAUUAAAGACGGAGAUAGCCAAACUUGGACCCAGGACGAGUUAGCUGCAAUGAAGAUUGCUGAAGAAACACGGGUAGCCAAAGAUGGUAGAUAUGAGAUUGAAAUUCCUUGGAAAACUGGAGAACCUAAGUUCGAAAAUAAUUUCGAGAUAGCACAUCGAAGAUUGCAAAGCUUAGAGAAGUCACUGAUGAACAAGGGAUCGAAAGUUGCAAACGGAUACAAUAAGAUAAUCGAGGACUAUGUUGAUAAAAACUAUGUUCGCAAACUGCCUUUGACAAAUGAAGAACAAUGGUUCCUUCCUCACUUUCCUGUUAUCAAAGAAGACAGAACCACCACUAAAGACCGUAUUGUGUAUGAUGCCGCGGCGAAAGAAGAGGGAAAGUGUUUAAAUGAUGCCAUACUAUCCGGGCCAAAACUCCAGCAAGAUCUAGUGGACGUAUUAAUCCGUUUUUGUAGCGCGCCAGUUGCAAUAUCAGCCGAUAUUUCUCAGAUGUUCUUGCAAGUCCAGCUCAAAGAAGAGGAUCGACCGUAUCACUGAUUCCUAUGGCGUAAUUUUGACCAGUCAAAACCCCCAGAUGUCUACGAGUUCCAACGUCUGCCGUUUGGAAAUACAGCAUCUCCCUUUUGUGCUCAAUAUAUCCUACAUUCCCACGCACGUUCACACGCCGAGACACACUCGGAGGCUGCUGAUACCGUGGAAAACUCCAUGUACGUGGAUGACCCUCUUCGACCCUCUACAAUUAUUUGCACCAUUUACUCUAAGAGCCAAAGUGUUGAUGCAAGAAAUGUGGACUGAUGGUUUAGAUUGGGAUGACCCUCUACCAGAUAACUUAAAGACAAAAUGGAAUGUUUGGAUCAAUGAACUUCGCGAAUUGUCGAAUUUCCAUAUCCCACGCUGUAUACGACUGCCCGAUCCGAUCGAAACACAGCUUCAUGUAUUCUCAGAUGCUUCCAAAGAUGCCUAUGCUGCAGCUGCCUAUUUGCUUUGUAAGUACAACUGCCAAAACCCAACAUGUUAUCUCAUCGCGUCAAAGAGCCGUGUUUCGCCUAUUAAAGCUGUUACAAUACCACGUCUUGAGAUUAUAGGAGGUAUACUCUCUGCCCGAUUGGCGAGGAAUAUUAGAAAAACACUGACCGUUGGCAAGACAACUUUCUGGACGGAUUCAACCAAUGUCUUGUACUGGGUACGCAGUAAAAGCCGUUCAUUUAAACCGUUCGUGUCAUAUCCCAGGGGAAGAGAACCCAGCAGAUCUACCGACUAGAGGUCUUACAGCGUCUCAAUUAACAGAAAGUAAAUUAUGGAUUGAAGGCCCAGAAUUCUUAAAGAGCGACGAGUCGUGUUGGCCAGAGAAGUUGCCCAACAAUAAUGCUGACGCGAGCUCAAUUGACGUCGAACGCAGAAAGGAACAGACCCACCACACGGGUUCGCAUGUAACGGUUGAGACUGAACUGCUCGACCCCAGUAAGUUUUCCAGCCUCACCAAAUUAUACGGCACGACGGCGUGGAUCAAGCGUUUUGUUGGGAACUGUAGAUUGCCAAAGGAAUCCAGAAACAUUACUAAGAUUCUUCAACCAGACGAGAUGAAGAAAGCAGAACGAUUUUGGUUAGGACAAGCACAUAUUGAUGCAUUUCCUGAUGGAGAAAAGGACAACAGAUUACUUCACUUCAAUCCUAAACGAGAUGAGGAAGGACUUCUCAGAGCUGACGGUCGCCUUCGAUUCGCCAGAGAACUUCCAUACGACACCAGGCACCCUAUAUUGCUACCAAAAGAUCAUGCUGUGACCAAGUUGAUUAUCGUUGACGCUCAUGAAAAACGUGGUCAUGGAACGGGUGUGGAACAUCUACUUACGGAGUUACGCUCAAAUUAUUGGGUGAUAAAAGGAAGACGAGCUGUUAGAAACGUGGUUGAGACGUGCCCUGGCUGUCGGCGACGAUUUGCUACGAAGCAACCUGGGCAAAUGAUGGCACCACUCCCGGGAGUAAGAGUAAAAUUGCCAUUAAAAGCAUUCGACAGAAUUGGCGUGGAUUACGGUGGGCCGUUUCGCCCAAAACAAGGAAGAGGAAAACCGAGAGCGAAGAGGUAUCUAUGCCUUUUCACGUGUUUGACAACAAGAGCGGUUCACUUGGAAAUGAGCUAUUCCUUAGACACUGAUUCAUUCUUAAAUGCCUUCACGCGGAUGACAUCAAGGAGGGGGAUGCCAUCUUAUGUGGUGUCUGACAACGGUGGAAAUUUCGUGUCUGGCGAGAGAGAGAUACGUGAGUUAGUUUCUCAGUUUGACCAAGAGAAGAUAAUCAACGAAACAUCAAGAAUGAAACCAAUUGAGUGGAAGUUUAAUCCGCCUGCGUCACCACACUUUGGGGGUAUCUUCGAGUCCAUGAUCAAAAGUUCCAAAAAGGCUUUAAGAACAAUUCUCGGAGAUGCAGAAGUUAAUGAUGAAGAAUUACAUACUGCAAUUUGCGGUGCUGAACGGUUGUUAAACUCUAGACCAAUAACGUACGUCAGUUCUGAUAUUAAUGACUUGGCACCUUUAACACCGAGUCAUUUCCUGGUUGGGCAGUUAGGAGGAGACCUCGCACCUGAAGUACCUGAAAAUGAAACAGUGAACCCGAAGAAGCGAUGGCGUAGAAUUCAGCAGUUACUUGGUCAGUUUUGGAGAAGAUGGAGAAGGGAAUUUUUAUCAAGUUUGAGUGCUCGAGGAAAGUGGUUUCAGAAAAGAAAAAAAUUAAAAGAAGGUGAUGUAGUACUUCUUAUAGAACCAAAUGCUAAGCGUGGAGAGUGGCCUCUUGCUCGCAUAGUGGUCCUAGUGGAAGCACAUCCUGGCAAAGACGGAUUGGUAAGAGUCGUGAAAAUACAGAUUGGUGAUAGUACUUAUCUACGACUGGUACACCACAGCACUUGAGCCCAUUAGAAGUCGAGGGAGCUGAAGACUAGACUGGACUGGAAUUGUUUAGAUUAUGUUUGACGUUAAAAAUUGUCUUAUGAUGACAAAUGUUAGCACAUUCGGGAGGGGGAUGUUUCUGAAUAUAUUAACUUAAAGUUAUGACGUAAUAUAAAUUUGACCGAGCAAAAAGACUGGAGAGAGAGGACGGUUGUCAUGGUGACAAGAAAAACAUGUAGAAAAUACAUAAAACAUUUUAUAGUUUUCUUUAUAUAUUAAAUCCUAAAAAUUCAUUUGUUUUAUUCGAUGAUUACAAAACUUCCAAAACGGUAACUUCGACCAAAUGGAAGUUUCGAAUUUCUAAUUUUUUCGAAUUUUUUAAAAUUUUUGUUUUGAUUGUGGAAGCACCAGAAAUAAUGAAAUUAUGUGAAAAUAAUAAUGAAAUUAUGAAAAUAAAAACAAAAUAAAAUCAUGGUUGACCAAGGAGGUAAAAAUAAUGGGAAAAUCCUCCAAUUUGCUCCAUUUUCUAGCGCUGUUGAUGCUGGAUUUUGGAGCAGUUUACAACGGAAGAAAUUAGAAGAAUAUCAUUUAGAUGAAUCAGCCAGAGAACUUCGUGGAUAUUAUGUAAUUAGUAAGUUCAGACUCAUGCAUGCACUGUCUUUGACUUUGUUACUGCCUGUGGUGACUGUGGUGCCGCUCGAUUUUGCAAUGAGCCAUCAUUUGCAAGAGUUUCCUUUGACAAUUAAAACUGUCUUCCAUUAGACAGAGUGGCUAGAGAGUAUUAUUCUAUGCCCCCCAACGGCAAAAUGUACACUGUCACUUCGAAUUCCUGGGGGUGGGGUAUAUGUUGAGCAUCUAGUCUCGGGGUGUUCCAUGUUAAAGGUUGGGAAUAUAAAUGUUCACAUUUGAGAGACUUUGCAUUGGCGUACAUAGCUUGCCUGUGACCAUGCCGUGAGCUGUUUCCUGAUUAUUAACCCAUUAAAUUGCAAUGCACUCUAAUUGCACCCACUAAAAUUUAUUAUUUGAAUUACUCUACCAUUAGCCAGAUGAUUUUACUCAUCAACAGGAGGGCACAGGUGCUCAAUGGAUUAACGAUCGUGUUGGAAUACUUGUAAAGUUAACAUGCCUGUGCUGUAUAUAGAUCAGACAUUGUUGCAACUUGCAAGAAAAAAUGCCUUGUGUAUAUUAAACAUUGUACAUAUAACAUGGUCUUUAAUAGCCUUAGUGCACAAGUUCGAUUGCUUAGUGAUUGAAUGUCUUAAUAAAAAGGUCGACAUUUGUGAAAUUUUGAUAAUGUGUUUGUGUCCAAUAACGAUUUGUGAGGAAUUGACAAUUUAGAAAUAAAAUAUCUGCAAAUCCCCAGUUACCGGGCUGUGUGUGUGUGGUGCAUUGGGAAGUAUUGCUACAUAGCGGAUUACAGCAUUAUGCAGUUAGAGCAGACCUGAGCAACUGGAAAAUUAGUUUCCAUUGAUAUAAACCAUGUCACCAUGAUCAGUCCAUGACCAAAAUACUGGUCAUCAGCUGGUAACACACCCACACUCCAAUCAUGACAUUAUUCGCACUUUUCGUUGAGCAUUCGCAUUACUUUGAAGCGUUCAAGUGUGUUUUAAUGUCAUGAAUAAUGCAAAGUAAAUUGACAAAGGGGGAGGUACAGUAUUUAUUGUAUUUUAGUGACAAAUGAAUUUACAAUUACACUUCCAAACUACUACAAUUUUAGCCCUUUAGUUUUUAGCCCUUUAAUUUUUUUACCUAGUAAAAGUGGCAUUGCCGAAAAAUAUGCCUUGCCCCCAAAAGGGUAUUCAUCAGUUACCCAAUGGCCCAGAAUGGCCAAUUCGGACACCCAGUUUUCAGAUCCUGGCAAAACCCUGUCCCUCUGGAAAUCCAGGAAAACCAUAUAAUUUGGAAAAUCCAUUUGUUGCAAAUGCAAUGUGCCAAUGUAUGGUAGUGUGUUGUGAGUGUCCUCUCAUGGGCAUACUGGAAGGAAAAAAUUAGGGAAGAAAUUUGCCUGACUUUUUCGAAUUGUGCCCGACCAGUGACGAAAAUUUUUUUUCCCGAACCAAAUAAUUUUGGCGACCCUCCCCCCCCUCCCCCCCCAUCGCCAAAAAAAUUUCGGUCAGUGUACCAUUUUAGGGGUCCAAAAAUUUUUCGAACAUACCUAAAUUUUUCGGAACAUCAUACAAAUUUUCCAGACAUCACAAGAUUGACCACAAAAUUGACAGAAUGUCCCAAAAAAUUUACAGAAUUUGUCCCAUUUAUUUUUAUAAUAAGCCAAUACUGUCCGACUGUGGAGCGAAUAUUGCCCGACUAGCUUUGUUUGCCCAACAAACUGGGUACUGUAUGAUCAUCAGUACAUCCAUAGGUACUGUAUAAGUCUGUUUUUUGAUUUGUAAAACAAUUGCAAGUCCAAGAUUUCUCCGCGGAAUUCGAGUGGACGAAGGAUCGAGGUUCGUUUUUAUCAGUCUUUCUUGAUAGGACAUAUUUUUGGGAUAGUUCAAGAUAAACUUAGUCGCUCGUAGCUGAAUAUUCUCGAUUAGUGACCGGUGUUUGACAGUGCUAGGUUACCACACAUUACUAGCGUAUUCCAACUUAGGCUUAUAACGAGAGAGCAGUACAGUAGUCUUCUUGUGGCGCAGUCAUUUAUGUCUCUGCGGAUUCUUUUGAUGAGUCCAAGAGUUUUGUUGGCUUUCGCUGCAGGGACUUCGAUGUGCUUUGACCAAGAAAGAUUACUGGAAACAGUGAUACCGAGGUCCUUGAUAUUUGUGACUUGUUCAACUUCAACUGACUGACCAUCGAGGUUGUACUGGUGUUUGUUCGGUAAUUUCUUUCCCCAGAUGUGCAUGACUUUACAUUUCUUUGGGUUGAAUGUCAUUUUCAUAUCAACGCUCCAUUUGAUAAGGUUGUUAAGGUUGUCUUGGAGAGAACUACAAGAAGUAGGAAGAUGAAGAGAUGUGUAAAGUUUGGAGUCGUCAGCGAAGAGUGCGAGCGAUGAUUCAGCCUGAAUGUAAUCUUGGACGUCGUUGCAAUACACAAGAAACAGUAGCGGACCAAGCAUAGAGCCUUGCGGCACACCAGACGUAACCGGAAGCCAGUCAGAACAGACACCAUGAAGAACAACUCGUUGUCGCCUAUCACUGAGGUAGCUUUUAUACCAAGGUAGGAGAGACCCACUGAUCCCAGAAUUCUCAAGUUUCUGCAAGAGCAAAUUAUGUGGUACUUUGUCAAAAGCUUUUGACAGAUCGAGGUAUAUGGCAUCAACUUCUUUACCACUAACAAUUCCAUGAUGUCUUGGUAUGCCUCCAACAGUUGUGUUGUUGUUGAUUUACCCCUGACGAAACCGUGUUGCCUAUCGUAGAUAAGCGGUGCAAGGUGUUGAUAUGAAUGAUUGUGGAUGCAUCGUUCCAGAACCUUAGACAGCACGCAAAGAAGAGAAAUCGGUCGGUAAUUGGAUGAGAGUGUUGGAUCAUCCGCCUUGAAAACAGGAGUGAUAUUGGCAAGCUUCCAUUUACUGGAUACAACGCCAAGCGAAAGAGACAUGUUUAGCAAUUUGGAUAACGAAGGGAUAAUCUCGUCUGCCAGUUCGAGCAAGAGUCUGCUUGGAAUACCAUCUGGUCCGCAUGCUUUUUGGAGGUCUAGGUAGCGAAGCACUUCAGCAACUUCAAAUUCUGUUAAUACAAUGUUGGAUAAUUGAGAACAUGAGGGUAUAGAUAAUUUAGAUGGCAUGGCAGGUGUUUCUGUAUCUUGAGCGUUGAAGAUAAAAACGUUGAAUUUAUGAUAGGUGUUGCAGUUAUACCCUGCAAUAUGCGACUCUUGUGUAGCACUAUAGUGAAAAACUUGUUGGCUUUUCAAUUGUCAUAUGUCCUGGAUGUUUAAAAUAAUAAACGUCCUGUUUCUCGAUGCACAGACAACGGCCGUAAAUGCGCCUUUAGUUAAUAAUUUAAAAUACGCCAUACAAUUAAACAUCUCAUUAAGGCCGGACACUUUCAUGCAAUUAAUAAUGACAAUUGUUUUUAGAUGAUUUAGAUGGAUUGCCAUCAAGAUUUAACCUUGAUUAUGAUGCAUUGGAUGGGUAAGAUAUAGUCAUAUUUGUCACAUAGAAAAUAUCAUGAUUGUAUAAAAUAUCAGCUAUAUUCAGAAAAUAUAUCCGUAGCUCUUCCAUGGAAAAAAGUCAACCCUCCUAUAUUCAGAGUCCUAGCACAUUAUCAUAUUAUUGGAAUUCUUUCCCAUCCCCUUCAGACGUAGUGACGUACCACAUACAAACCUUGAAAAUUUCUGAAGUUCUGUGACAGAACAGAACAAAAAAAAUUCUGCUAAUAUUCUGGCAUGUGGCUAAUUAGGCAAGAAUGGAAAACGAAGCAUACAAAUGUCAUAGGCUAUCAAAUCAGUCUAAAUGGCUUAAUUUAUUUACAAUAAAAACUUUAAGUUGUAUCCUGGUUAAACUUGACCACUUUGGUCCUCCAGGCCCUUUUUAACGUUGAGCACAUGUCUACUGUAUAUUGCAAUUUGUAGUUCAUUCAUUUCUCCCUCAUGCAAUUCACCUAUUUGUUUUGUUUAUUUCUUUUUUUCUUUGUACUGUACCUAGGUCCUAGUACUGUUAUACAAUUAAAGUACUUUAUGGCUUCUGUGUUUGGAUGGCCUGAUCCAAACACGCGGGAAUGUUGCGAGAGUUAAGAAAAGCGCGCGAAACACGAGCCGAAGUUUCUUAACUCGAGCAACAUUCCCAAGUGUUUGGAUCAGGACAUCCAAACACGGAUAAACCAUAAAGUAAUUGUUUUAUAAAAUAACAACAACACGAUAGUCUUCCGUGUUUGGAUGGCCUGAUCCAAACACGGGUUUCGACCAAUCAGAGCACGCGUUAUAUACAUGUUAUUUUAUAACAUUCAUUCAUUUUAUCUUAUUUUCUCAAUAUGUGCAAAAAUGUUUUGAAAACAUAAAACGUUAUGAAACGAAACUAUUCUUUUUAAGGACAAACUUCGUGUUUGAAAUAAAACCGUUUCAAAUCAUGGUGAAGACGCUGUCAGUGUCUUUGAUCGUACGCAACAAUUUAUACAAUUGAUACAACUUGUCUUGUGUUUUAUGAUUUACUGCAAUAUAUUGCCUCUAAUCCGUUGUUAUGAAAUAAAGAAUGUUUAGCUGCUCGUUGCAUAAAGUAACGAUUUUUUUUAACGAUCCCACUCAUUCUACUCCUGACAUUCGCCAUGUUUUUGAGAUCAGUGAGAGGUCCACCCAUGAGAUCCAUGGCGCUCGGGGAUUAAACACCAUGCAGGGUCCUUGCAUACAGUACUUCUCUUCUUUAUGUAGCUCAUUCAGGGGUUUCAGAAUUAUUUGAAGUAGGCGGUUGUACCAAAUAAGUAGCCGGCUGUGACUGAUAGUUAAAAAAACGCGCAGGGAGGGGGGCGUGCCCUCGCAUGGAAAUUUAGGGGGGGGUGCCCUCGCAUGGAAAUUUAAACGCAAAUUAACAAUCAGAUAAUAUAGAAUAAGUGACAAGAUAAAGUACAACUGUUCACUUGUUAGAUUUAGAUGUCAUUGAUACUUGUAAGUGACAAUGUACUUUAAUGUGCUACUUGUAGUUUAAUCACGAAGGUGUUUGCUGUCCGGAAAAUGAAGACGCAAUUUACAAACAAAAAUAUGCAUAUUCUACGCACAGACAUAUUACAGCAGCUGAGUAGCAUGCAGUGCCGUAGGAAGCUCUUUUUGAUUAGGGGCUGAGAACGAGGGCCAAAGGCCCGAGGAAAUUUUUUAAUUUAGAGUCUCUGGAAUGCCAUUUCCUGGACUUUGGGGAAGUUUAGAGCAUAAUUCUGAUGGUCAGAAAACAGCGUUUUAGUAUGUCGAAAUUUACAAUUUGUUUACAAUUUAGUAGUAUACUAAAUGGGCGAAGGCGUAUUUAAUGAACUAUAUAUUGCAUGGAGAAGAUGCAGGAAAGUAUGGGUAAUAUGAUUCUUUGCAGUUUGUCAUGGAUAAUGUAGCCACUUAAAAUUAAAUAAAUCAAUUGUCAGUAUUUGAAAGGUAUAUUAUUUAAAUGAUAAAGGUACAGUAUGCAUGCAUAUUUACUGAUUUACGAUUUGUUAAAUGUUAAUAUCCAUGUAAAUGCCAUGAUUUUGUAAAUCAGUUUAUACUGACAAUACAAUUAUAUACAAAUAAUGAAUGUUUAUGAGUGCAAUGGUAAGAAUAUUUUCAUGAGGUGAAAGAUGGAAUGUUCCAUUCAACGAGGCGACUGUUUUAUAUAAUACCAAAAUAGACUAAUAGUUCGUAUAAGAAGCAUUUUGAGGGAUGCGAUUUACCAAAAACACGAAGAGUGCAAUUGUACUAUACGUUUUAUUCCAUUGCACUCGCGGAGAGUGCAAUGGAACGUGUUCCAUUGCACUCUUGGGAAAUGGAAUUUUCUAUUCAAUAUCACGUGACCAUAAACAGCCAAUUAAACGAUUAGAAUUUAAUAAGGUAUUAUAUAAUAUUAUAUAUUCUCUGUUUAACAACUAAAAUUUUGUUAUACUAUUAUUGCCGUAAUUUUCCGAAUGGCCAACCCGAUUUUCCGAAUAUGUUAAUUCUAAAAAAGUUGGGAGGGGGGUUAACCCCCCCCCUCGCUACGGCCCAGAGUUUUUCACUUCAUCACUUUAUCAUAAUUAAUUUGUUGUCAAAGAAUUAGUCACUUGCCAAAAACAUUUACCAAAGUGGCUCUGAAGGUUCUCUGACUCACUGUCAAAUUCGGAUUCCCCAAUGGCAAUGCUUAAGUCACAGAGUCAAUCAGAGUUAUCUUCCAGGAAGAUUCACUUCGACACCAACUUAGUCUUAGAAAGCAAGCUAUGUUUGGUACUAUAUAUUAUUGAUCUUAUUGAUCUUCCAAAAUAAGUGACGUUUUGCUUGAAUUCCAAUUGGAACAUAACAAACAUCGUGUUGGUUCGCUUGUACCUUUGUAUAUAAUUUUUUUCCUGUGACCAGACGAAAAGUAGCCGGCGGUGAAAGUUCAAGUAGCCGGCGGAACUCCACCGGCCGCCGGCUUAUUCUGAAACCCCUGCUCAUUUACUACAGUCUGUUGGUUGUCAGUAUCGUGGGUUUUAUACGCUCGUCAUAGUUAUAAUAAAAUUCAUCACUUGUUUGUUCAGAAAUGCCCAAACGUCUAAGAAUUGUUUCAGUUGCAAGGGAGAACUUCACAACACCAAUACAAUAGAGAAUUUCAAAGCAUUUGACAAGCAAAAACUGCUGGAAUCUGUUGGGAAAAAGGCAAGUACGUAUUAAAGCAUAAAAAAUCGAUGUUGACUUGAAAUUUUACAGUAUUCAUAAUCCUUGGCAAGACAAUGUCUAUAUCAUGUGUAAAGUAAAUACUUACAUAACGUAAGGUUAAUAUGUAUUAUAUUGUUUUUUUUGUAUUCGAAUGGUAUACGUUUACAGUAACACCCUGCGAUUUGUCGUGUGUGAUUCGAAUUUUGGCGUAUAGGCCUAUGUAAUCGAAUAAGCACGCGUUAAGUGGUUGAAGAUGGCGAACGGUGACUUAGAAAUGUAUGAACGGUGACUUAGAAACGUAUGAACGGUGACUUAGAAACGUAUGAACGGUGACUUAUAAAUGAACGGUGGGUAAAUGAGAGCCUGCAACAAUCUGAAGGAAAUUUGAUCACCGCCUAUGAUAAUACAAGCUAAAUUGCACUGUAGUUUGUAGUCUGCUAUAAAACUCAUAAUAACCGAUAAAAGCAACGUUUGUAGAUCAAGUAUAAGUUUCAUAAAUACAUAAAGCGACAUGUAUUUAAUAGGAUACAUAAUUUGUCAAUCAGUAUUUUCAAAUUGAUCGGGUAUUGCUACUGUAUUAUUUAGAGAAAUACCAACACGUGCAUGGGUUUGUAUCCAUGCUCUUCGACUUGUCAAGGCAGAUAUCCAAUGAGAAAACCUGCCAAAACAUCUCAACGAUUUCCAGCUGUUCAGCUUUUAGUUUUAAAACCCAAAAUUCACAGUACUCUUUCAAAAAUAUACGCUUUUAUUGAAAGCGUAUAUAAACAUUGCGCAACAGUGAUUUACGAGUAUUUUGGCAUACAUUGUGAUUUCAACCAAUAGCGUUUUUGAGUCCGCUCACGGCCCCGAAAUAUCAAAUUUCCUUGAGAUUGUUGCAGGCCCAUAUUCAAUGGGCCUGCCACGCAGGCUACCAUAGGCUUCGCAAGUGCAUGAAAAGUAUAUGAACUACCUUCCUGUACAGUAUAACCAAGAGUUACUGGCUAACAACUCCAAAACUCGCGUGUGCAGCUAGCUUUUGUAAAGCAAAAAUUAUGUGAAACUACUGUACUCUAGCUGUCUGAUUAAGCCUGAAGUUACUGCAUAUUGUAUAACACGCAACGCCAAUAAUUGUGUGGAGUCAGUGAUUUAAAAUGGCUGUGCCGGCAUGAUUGGCUACCUUCACAAAAUAAAACUCUACAGAGUAUACAGGCAUGAUUUGGAUGGUGUGUUGUAUGGACCUAAAUCUAACUGUAGAGUGAGGCAUACAGGCUGCAGCAACUUUGCACUGAUUCUUAUUGGGGCAAGAGUCAAGGAAAUCAAUUAAUCAUAUGCAAAACAAAUUAGUGGUUGAUGUCCAAAAUAAUAUAUUUAAUUAAUAUCAAUGCGUCAGUCACCAUGUUCAUGUGAAUUAACCCAAGGUUACCUAUCACUUCAACGUCAUUGACAAUGUGCACAUUAUGAAAAGGACAAUAUAUAUAUAUAUAUAUUGUAUUUAUGUAUAUAGAUAUGGGACAGUAUUGUAUCAAAGAAAGCAGCAGAAGAACCAACACUUCUCAAUCAAUUUGUUUUACUCACAUUUGCUGUAAGUGAUUUUCGUAUGUACAUGUGAACGACAUUGCACUGUACAAUUAUGCACAUAUAGUUUCUCCCCAACACAGGAUAAAUACACUACAUGCAUUUUCACAUAAGCAUCCAAUACUUAUUUCUUUCUUAUUGCUGCUUUUCACUAUAAAAGGGAUGUUGAUAGAGGCAGACUCUAAAUCCGGUUAUUGACGAGCAAGUUUUCAUAUGACAAGUAUUCUUGGUCAAUUGCACGUGACUGUGUAUGUAGAACAAAAUUUCCAUGACACGUUUUUGGUUUUCUGACCGCCAAGUCUACAAUCCUGGCAAAGAUUAUGUGGACACCUAACUUUUCUAACCCAAUUUAAAUAUUAACAUCGAGACGUUCUUUCAUGAAAUUUGUCUCCCCCCCCUGCCCCCUUAUUCAAUGUUGUUUUUCGCAUUUAAAUUUUAAAAGUAUAUGUUUAGUUGAUUCAGUCCAACAUUGAAUUGGGGGUAGCAGGGGGGGGGGGGAUUUUUUGAGGGGAUUAAUUCUGUAGAAAUACAUCUAGUUUUGUUCGAUGCACGUGGUGUCCACGAUAAUUUUUUGUCAGGAUUGUAUUAUUAUUGUAUUAAUAAUUACGACUACAAUAAAUUGCUGACCAACCGCAUGCAAGUGCUCAAAUUACUGUGCCAAAUUUUCUUUGUUGACGGAUACAAACGAACAAAAUUUGUACAUAGCAUACCAGCAUUUGAACAUGUGUUCUUAAUUGUCAUAGUAAAAAUUGGCAAAGUUGCCUUGACAUGACGAACAAAUAAAACAUGUCCUAGAAAACUUGCUCGUGGCUAAAUUGUUCAUAAUAAGAAUCAAGUUAUAAUGACUGAGCAUGUGUUUGGUGGCAAAUAGAUAAGCAUUUAUCACCAUUUGCUGCUGAAAACCUCUGAAGGAUAUUAUUCUGUUAUUUUAACUGAUUGAUCAAAUGAAUAUAAAAUUUGAAUAUCUUAACAUAAUAUUCAUGUCAAUCAUGUAAUUAAUUUUAAUUAUUUUAAAUGAGCUAUAAAUCUGCGAUGUUCCUUUACACACUGUACAUUAUGUUUCUUUACCAGUUUAUAUAUUUUACAACAUAGCUACAUAUACAGUAGGUUGUUCUUAAACUGAGUCUAAAAUGAACACAAUUUAAUAAAAUGUCAUUUUCUCAGGAUUUAAAGAAAUAUCAGUUUUACUAUUGGUUUGGAUUUCCUGCUCUUUGUCCGGAAAACAACAUUGUUUUGAAAGGGCCAGCAAAACCCCUGACAGAUGUUCUCACACAAAACCAGGUAACGCCACUCAUUAGCAGUUUUAUCCCUUAG